CUUUUCGUUUUGCUCUCUGAAACAGUGACACUUUGCUCCCUCGUCUUCGUCGUCUCUAACCGUCGAAUCUGCUAUCGAAGUCAAUCUACCACUUGAGGAUGGCUAGUAACAACCAUAACGGUAGGCACACGAUCAUCUUGUUGCAAAACUCUCCAAGCAGAGCUACGAGGACGUUUAUGGACUACGAUUCUAUAGGCCAAGCUAUGGAUGGUAUUUGCGGCUUGUACGAAAGGAAGCUGAAGGAGAUUAAUCCAUCUCUCAGAAACCUGAGCUAUGACAUUGCUGAUCUUUACAACUUUAUGGAUGGUUUUGCUGACAUGAGCGCUUUGGUCUAUGAACACUCGAUGCAUGCGUAUCUGCCAUAUGACAGGCAGUGGAUUAAGCAGAAGGCAUUCAGCCAUCUCAAGAGGCUUGCCAAUGGAGGCAAAUGAGGAAGAAGAUCACU